CCUAGCGGCUGCCGACAAUGUCUCCUCUCAAGAAUUAUCCCAUGCAGAAAGAAAGCGAUAACUACCUUCGGCUGGCGAAGAACGUGAUCGCCGACGGAAACAAAGAAAAAAACCUCAUUUUCUCCCCUCUCUCAAUCCAUGUGGUGCUAUCCAUCACCCUCGCUGGCUCAAGCGGCUCCGCACGCUCUCAGCUUCUCACUUAUCUCAAAACAGAGCGCGUGGAGGACCUCAAUUUCUUAUACUCGCAGAUUGCAGCCACAGUGUUCGCCGACGGCAGCCAUGUCGGCGGGCCCCUCUUGUCAACCAAAAACGGCCUCUGGGUCCAUCGGAGCCUCACUUUCAAGCCUGUUUUCCGAGAUAUUGUCCAUAACUCUUAUAAAGCAGCCACCCAACUUGCUGAUUUUCAGAAUCAGCCAGAAGAGGCUCGGAAAGAAGUGAAUGCAUGGUGCGAAAAGGAAACGAAAGGACUCAUCAAAGCAAUACUCCCACCAAAAUCAGUCACUAAAGACACUAGACUCAUCUUCGCAAACGCAGUCUAUUUCAAAGGAAAAUGGAAUCAAAUAUUCGAUGCAAAUCUAACAAGAGAUGACGACUUCUACCUCUUAGACGGAAGCUCUGUUCGCGCUCCCUUCAUGACCAACAGGUAUUAUCAAUGCGUUGAGGCUUUCGAUGGCUUCAAAGUUCUGAGGCUAUCUUACCAGCAAGGCAGCGACAAGCGCAGAUUCUCUCUGUACAUCUACCUUCCUGACGCCAAAGACGGCCUGCCAUCUCUGACCGAGAGAAUCUGCUCUGAGCCCGGGUUCAUAGAGAGCCAUCUCCCUUACUCUGCGGUGGCUGUUGACGAAUUCCGUAUACCUAAGUUUAAGAUAGGUUUCGAGUUUGAGGCUACCGACGUUAUGAAGAAACUGGGAGUGGUGGAUAUUUUCGACAUGCGCGGUCUGAUGGAGAUGGUGGAGGACGGAGAGGAUCUGGCUGUUAACAAAAUACGGCACAAGGCGUUUGUGGAGGUGGACGAGGAGGGCACAGUGGCCGUGGCUGUGACAGAAGAAAGCGAUGAUGAUUUGGGGUGCUCAAUGUAUGAGGAUGAGGAGCCGAAGAUGAGGUUCGUGGCUGACCAUCCUUUCCUCUUCACUAUAAGAGAGGACACGAGUGGGGUACUGCUCUUUGUCGGCCGGUUGCUUGACCCGCUUGCUGAUUCAUCGUUUCAAGAUUAGGCUCACAAAUUAUUACCGUAGAUUCUAAUUUCCUACUUUUGCUAAGUGAUAUUUACUCUGUUUUUAAACCAACAUGCUCUUGGAUAGCUGGAUCAAUGAGUAAUUUUGUCUAUGCGUUGCAAGACAAUUUUGAA